GGUCACUCUAGGAAAUAGAAAACAAACCAUUCCUAAAAUUCUAAGCCAAAUUAUUGAAUUAUAGCCUUAAGAUGGGGGAUUACGACUCAGAUGAUGAGAAAUCCCAAGUGGAGAAACUGCGCCAUGCGAAAGUACCCCGCGGUAUGUUCGUGAGUGGCUGGGAUGACGAUGCCGACGAACUGAUCGAGGAGGACAAGGAUCCACAAUCCAGCAUUGAACGCAUGAUCCUCUGGGCGGUCAAUGAGAACAAGAUCAACGAGGUGCGCGAGAUCCUGCGCCUGGAUGCGGACACCGUGAACGCUAAGGAUAACGACGGAUAUACCCCACUGCAUCGGGCAGCCUACAACAACUUCGUGGACAUGGCCAAGUUGCUGCUCCAAUACAGGGCCGAUCCCAAUGCCCGCACAGAACUGGGUUGGACACCCCUGCACUCCGCCUGCAAGUGGAACAACGCGGAUUGUGCCCAUCUACUGCUGCAGUUUGGCGCCGAUGUUAACGCCGAAUCGGAGGGCAAGCAGACGCCUCUCCACAUCACGGCAACCGUUUCCAACUGCCGGAACACGGCCACAGUUCUGCUGCUGGACCGGAAUAUACUGCCUCGCAAGGAGAACAACUCCGAGGAACUGGCCUCUGUGAUCGCGCGGCGCACCGGCAUGAGCUUCCCCAUCUUCGAGUCGGACAACGAGGCCUACGACUGCGAAACGGGACUGAUAGAUUAGCUACCAAACAGCCAACCAAUGUGCUUACCUGUAGAAUACCUAAUAUAUAUGUUUAAUUCAUAAAUAA